CGUCUCCUCAGAGACUGGUCGGGCGGCCCGUCCCCUCAGGUUCGGUCCGGUUCGAUCCGGUUUGAUCCGGUUCGGUCCGGCUCGGCUGCCCCGGGCCAUGGCCUCUCUCCUGUGCUGCGGGCCCAAGCUGGCCGCCUGCGGCAUCGUCCUGAGCGCCUGGGGAGUCAUCAUGCUGGUCCUGCUCGGGGUUUUCUUCAACGUGCACUCGGCCGUCCUUAUCGAGGACGUACCCUUCACGGAGAGCGACUUCCAUGAGCCCAACCCUCAGAAGAUCUACGAUCUCUAUGAGCAAGUGAGCUACAACUGCUUCAUCGCCGCCGGCCUCUACCUCGUGUUGGGCGGCUUCUCCUUCUGCCAGGUCCGACUCAACAAGCGCAAGGAAUACAUGGUCCGUUAGGAGGCAGGGGCCGGCCCCCAUCCCCUUCCCUCAGUUAUUUAAAGACACACCCCCGCCCCCAACUUCACCCUCAGUUUCAGCCCCGGAGGCCCGGGCUGGCCGGAAGACGGAGACCAGAAGACCCUUCCUCCUCGCCCACCCCUGGAUUAUCCUGUCUUCCCCCCCGUCUCCACCCCACCACCACACCAACCUUGCAUCUGGUUGGAUCCCGAAGGGGAGGAGGACAUGAGGCCCAGAGGAGCACACACCCCUUUCCCGUUCUCUCUUCCCCACGAAUCCCACCCCCUGCCUCAAAGCAAAAACAAAAAUCUUUGGGUGAUGUGAAGGAACCUUGGAAUUUCUCCCCCGUCUCCGGAUGCAAGGCCCUAAUAAAAUGGAGCUGUGCUGUG